AUGACGACGCCGCUGUCGACUGCGGACCCUUCGGACAGCGACAAGCGCCUCAAUGACGAGCUCCUGCAGACGCUACAGUUAUGUGGUCUAUAUGAGCCAAAAGAGCGUCUGAUGCGACGCGAGCGCGUACUCGAAAGACUGCACCAAGUGCUGCUUGAAUAUGCACUACACGAGGAGGAGACGGGGCAGAAGCAGCUGCAGUUGCGCACUUUCGGCUCCUACCGUCUUGGCGUCCAGAGUCGAGAGGCCGAUAUUGACACACUGUGCAUCGCGCCGAGAUACUGUACACGGGCGAGCUUUUUUGUGAAGGUGCCAAUUCUACUGGAAGCAGCACCUGAUGUCACGGGUUUGCACGUGAUUAGCGACGCGUUCGUGCCAGUGAUCAAGAUGAAGGUGGACGGCAUUUCUGUGGACCUUCUCUUUGUGUCGCUGGAUCUGGACUCGAUCCCGGAGGAUAUCGACAUGUUGGAUGAUCAGUAUCUCAAAGGACUGGACGAAGCUUCAGUUCGGAGCUGCAAUGGUGUGCGCGUGACUGAGCGCAUUUUGCAGCUUGUGCCGAAUCCGGAUACGUUCCGGACGACGUUGAUCGCUGUCAAGCAUUGGGCUCGGAUGCAGGGGAUCUACUCAAACGUGCUGGGGUUUCUUGGUGGUGUCAAUUGGGCCAUCUUGGUCGCCCGGAUCUGCCAGUUCUACCCGAACUCGCUGCCGGCGUCCAUACUCUCGCGCUUCUUCAGGAUCUACCAGAUGUGGACGUGGCCGAACCCGAUCAUGCUCGCUCGAGUAAACGAUCCGCUGAAUCUUGGCUUCUCGGGAUGGAAUCCAAAGCUCAAUGUUCGUGACCGACUGUACUUGAUGCCAAUCAUCACACCAGCUUACCCGGCGUCAAAUUCGUCGUACAAUGUGAUGGCAUCGACCCUUCGAAUUCUCAAGACAGAGUUUGGAAACGGGUUGGAUCGGACACUCGAGGUUGAGUCCAAGAUGUCGACGUGGUCAAAACUAUUCGCAGCUCCAGCAUUUUUCCAAAGGUCGAAACACUUUCUUCGUGUGCAGAUAAUGGCACAGAGUGCGGAAGACAUUGACAGGUGGUUUGGAUGGGUCGAAUCAAGAUUGCGGCACUUGUUCCUUCGACUGGAAGCACUUCCGGAACUGCAGAUCCACCCGUUCGGUCGUUUCUUCGACUUUGUCGAGACGAAGGACGUCGUCCAUCUCGACAGCUUGGCGAAACCUCAGCGAGUUUACACGUCUUGGCUGUUUAUCGGACUGCGCUUCUCUGUUCCGGAAGUAGUCUCAACUACGAGUGCAACUCACAGUGUCGACCUAACGAGCGUGAUCCGUGAUUUCGCUUUCUAUACUGAUCAGUGGGAAGCUCGUCACGGCGGGAUGGACAUGCAGAUCGACCAUGUCACGCGCACAGCGAUCCCCGAGUGGGUGCUAGACGCCAUGGCUAGCAAUGGCGGGAGUGAUAGUAAGCACUUGCAGCGACGAUCGCCGACCACGGUAUCGUCCAAGAAGAAGAAACGUGACGCUGGCGAUGCUAGCAGCUGUCAUGGCGUGGCAAACAGCACGACAGGGACAGCUGUACGAAGUGGUCCAUCAGGAAGCUCGUCGAAAAAAAGUAAAGGUACGUGA